CCGGCGGACCCGUCAGUCCCCGCUGCUGUCUUCCGGUGCUACCGCCCUGCGCUCUGAGAGAAAUCGCUUUCACUGGAUCUGUGCUCGUGUCUGAAGACUCGUCAGCUCGGUUCAUUCGUGCUCAGGUAGCCUCACCUCGGUCCUGGGAGCAGUGAGCCCGAGGAGGAACAGUGUGGCUGCGGUCUGCUGCUCAGGGUUGCUUUGUAAGCUAUAGCCGGCACCAUGGCGCUGUCGUACAAGAAGGACCUGGAGAAAUACAAGGAUCUCGAUGAAGAUGAAAUCCUCAACAAGCUGUCGGAGGAGGAGCUCAAACAGCUGGAGACAGCCCUCGAGGAGAUGGAUCCUGAGAAUGCUCUUCUCCCAGCGGGUUUACGUCAGAAGGACCAGACGUCCAAGGACGCAACAGGACCGUUUGACAGGGAUCGUCUGCUCAAACACCUGGAGAAGGAAGCCAUCGAGUACAAGGACAGAGAGGAUAUAAUUCCCUUCACUGGAGAGAGAAAAGGUAAAGUAUUUAUUCCUAAGCAGAAACCAAUAGAAAUGCGCCAGGAAGAAGUCACAACCCUCGAUCCAGAAUUGGAGGAAGCCCUGUCCAGCGCCACAGACACAGAGCUGUGUGAUCUAGCAGCGAUCCUGGGUGUUCACACGCUGGUCACCAGUAGUCAGACAUAUGAUGGGACCGGUGGUAAAGAGGGUUACAACAAUGUGAUCAAAGGGGAGAAGAUGAACCCAGUGUUUGACGAGCCUCCCAAUCCCACCAACGUAGACGACACCCUGCAGAGGAUAAAGAGCAACGACAGCUCCCUAACAGAGGUCAACCUCAACAACAUUAAGAACAUUCCCAUUCCCACCCUGAAGGACUUCGCCAAAGCCAUGGAGAAGAACACUCACGUCAAGAAGUUCAGCCUGGCAGCAACACGGAGUAACGACCCAAUUGCUGUGGCGUUCAGUGACAUGCUGCGGGAGAACAAAACGUUGCGAGCUUUGAACUUGGAGUCCAACUUCAUCACCGGGACAGGGGUGCAGGCUUUGGUUGAUGCUUUGCGAGACAACGACACACUCACAGAGAUCAAGAUAGACAACCAGAGGCAGCAGCUGGGUACUACUGUAGAGAUGGAGAUAGCUAAAAUGUUGGAGGAGAACAACAGCAUAGUGAAGUUUGGUUACCACUUCACCCAGCAAGGACCUCGCUCCAGAGCCGCCGCAGCUAUCACCAAGAACAACGACCUGGUUCGCAAGAAGCGAGUGGAAGCCGAACUGUAGGAAUGGAGCCGGACCCGCCUCCCAGCCAAUCUUGUUUUUUCAUCUCACCAUGUGGAAUAAUUUCAGCCAAUGCCCUGGUCUCAUCUCACUGUGUGGAAACUUAAGUCUUGUGCCAAACUGUGGGGCAAGGCGCGCGCAACCAGAACAUACAUCUGAGAAGAAGGGAAAUAACUGGAAUUGCCCUCUCCUAUAUGCUUGUUCAUACUGUUGUUUGUUAUUAUGUUUGUUAUUGAAGUUGUAAAUCUGAUUAGUUUUUAGUCAUUUCAUUUCAGCUGCUCCUUUUUUUUGAGCCUUUGUAUGAGCUGUCCAGACUUUUUACUCGCUCUUUUCCUUUUAUACAAUGCUAUAAUCAUGUGGAAUAAACAUGAACAAGUAACUGAAA